UUAUAAUUUGAACAGAGAACUUCUGCUCUAAAUAAUGUAAGUAAAUAAGAUUUGUUAUUUGCAAAGAAAAUCUUGCAGAGACGCAAAAACAAGAUCUCUAAAAUUGGCUCGGUGCCUACUGAAAACGCAUAUUAAUACGUUCGGUAUAAAAGAGAGUGAUUAAAGCACCAAGAGACAAAGUUAUGGAGGAAAAAUUACACGCAAGUGAAUCUGUGAUUCAGAUGGAACCGCGCGAGACAAUAGAAUUGCUCGAAUCUCAUCUACGAAAGAACAACAUUGUGCAAGAGUCCCGGUCAUGGAGCAUCGAAUACUCUCCCUUGGGAGGUCGCGGCAUGUUCGCCACACGAGAUAUUCAAGCCGGCGAAUUGAUCUUUACGGAUGUACCGCUAUUGAUAGGACCGCGAUGCUACAGAAAGUGCUUCCCUAUGUGUGUCGUCUGUUAUAAGAACAAUUGUCCUCUGUUUCCCUGCGAUCAUGAUUGCGGUUUGCCGAUCUGUUCGACGGAAUGCGAGAACUCGACGAUGCACUCUCAAGAGUGUCGAUUACUCAGGGAGUGGAUGCCGACCUGCGGUUCCAGCUGGUCCAAUGAAUUGCUGCUCGCGGUGAUACCGAUACGCGGUCUUACAUUAUCGAAAGAACAACGUAAACUCUUGUACGCCUUCGAGUGCCAUUUGGAGCUUACUCGUACCCAUGAGAUCGAUCUCCUCAAGAGAAACGUGAAAAAGUUUCCCAACAAGGAGCAACUGGAGCUUAUGAAACGCAUUUGCGGGGUCUUCAACACAAAUUCCUUCGAAGUCUUAGUCGCGAGCAACAAAGACUGCACCACGAGUUUACGCGGUCUUUAUCCCUUGGGUGCGUUGCAGAAUCAUUGCUGUGUUCCAAAUACUAGACACCACUUUGAUGAUCAGCAACAGCUACAUGUGACUGCCACGCUGCCGAUCGCCGCUGGCGAGGAAAUCACCAUGUCCUACACCGAUCUUCUAUGGGAUACGUCGAGUAGAAGGCAAUUUCUGAAAGCCACCAAACACUUCUCCUGCAACUGCAGUAGAUGCUCUGAUCCCUCGGAAUUCGGAUCCCAGCUCGGAGCGCUUCUCUGCGCGAAGGACGAUUGUUCGGGGCAUUUGCUACCAAGCAAUCCUCUUAAUUUUAUAUCUCCCUGGAUCUGCGACAAGUGUCAGAUCAGUGUAAAUUACAAACAGAUUGAAUUCAUUCAUUCACAAUUAAAUGCUCUUGUACUUGACGCAAUGUACAUGACUCCGCAUGAAAUUGUAAAAUUUAUAGAAACGGCAUUAUCGAAAUUGGUUCCUACAAGUAAUUUCAUUUUAAUCGACGUCAAAUUUCGUAUAAUCUCCUACUUUGGCAGGACGCCGAAUCUUAAGUGGGAAGAUCUUACGGAUGCGGAACUUAGAAUUAAGAAAAUGUAUUGUAACGACAUACUUUCUAUUUUGGAUACUUUAGGUUCUGGAGAUUCUAUUAAAAAGGGCCUUGUUUUAUACGAAUUGUAUCGUACAAAUCUUGAAUUAUCCAAGCGUCAGACGUCGGAAAAAGAAACACAUCCGUUCAUACAGGAUAACGAUAACAAAUGUCUAUUACGGCAGGCAAUGGAUAUAUUGCAAAAUGAUAUCGGCGCAACCUGUGAUAGCGAAAACAAAUGUCUAUUACGGCAGGCAAUGGAUAUAUUGCAAAAUGAUAUCGGCGCAACUUGUGUUCGUAAAAGUGAUUAAUGCGAAGACACAGUUUCAAAUUUGUAUUUAUUGCAUUAUUCGAUGUCUAAGAUGAAUAUACAUAAUGUGUGUACGAGUUU